AUGGAUACCUUAGGUACAGAGAUUGGUCAAAAAAUGAGGAGUGCCGUGAAGGCGAAGCUAAUCGAGCUUGGCACCGGUUCGGGUACUGGUUACAUCGAUGAUGAGCUGCCGGAUUACGUGAUGAUAAUGGUGGCCAACAAACGCUCCCGGCAGCAGAUGGUCGAUGAUCUGUCAUUGUUUCUCGGUGCACAAACCGAGAUAUUCGUAAACUGGUUGCACCAGGUGCUGCAAAAGCUGCAGGAAGUGACGCUACCGGCGACCGCUGCGACCAAAUCAAAAGAAAGCACGAAAAGAAAAUCGUCCGAGGUGGAAGACAAAAAGAAGGAUAAGAAACGGAAAGACAAGAAAACGAAACGGAGAGACCGUAGCACUGACGGGGAGGAAGCCGCCGAGGUCUCCAAUCGCAUGAGCGGCACGGAGGACAAUACACCGCCAAGACCCGCAGUAGUAUUGCCGGCAACUUCGAUAACAGAAGUAUUCGCACAUCAGUACAUAGAAAAGGCAAAGAAAUCGCUCGAGUCGGACAGCAUACCGGUCGCGAAGAAAACACCGGCAGAGCGAUCGGAAUCGCGCGAUCGACUGAAGAGCAAAACACCACCAACGGCCAGUGAAGAGCGCAGUGUGCCUUCGAUCGUUGAUAUUGCUAGCGCCAGUGUGGUCCAAAAGCACCACAAGGAACUGUGUGAACUGAAGGAAAUUGAAGAGCGGAUCAGCGCUGCAAAGCGUCAUUUGAGGUCAUUAGGGACGGAUAUUUCAGAUGAAGAUAGUGAAGAUUUGCUGCUGUUGAAGGCCAAUGAGGACGAUUUGCUGCUGUCGCGCGCUCGCUCUGAUGAAGCAUCUUCAACGCGAAGUACCAAACCGUCACAAAGCACAGUAAGUAAACAAAGGCAACGAAUAACUAUGGGCCCUGCGGAGCCUUCGAAGCAAGCGCCACCAGCUCAAAGCACUGCACCAUUGGCUGCUUCACGGUCGACAGACACACAACAAGCUAAUGCUAAGAAACGGUCAGUUUUAGAACGCCUGGGAACCAAAAAACCUUCCAUCACUGCCGAGCGAGAAAAAGCUGUAAACUUAGAUACAAGAACUACGCGAGAACCUACCACGAAGGAUGUGAACAAAUCUAGCGACGCUGCCAAUUCAGGUGCUUCUGGAACGAAAAGUACCAUCAUUAGCCUAUCGGCACACAGACGCGAGGAGAGAGAAAUUUAUGUGCCCCUCUUUCGGCGCAAGGAAGCAUCACAGGAACAGUCAGCACCAAAAAACCGGGUGCGUCAGGAAGGUACCAUGAAGGGAGACAACCGCCAGAGGGAAAGAAGCCGUGAACGUAAUAUCCGCGAGACGAGAUCGCCUGUCUCACGUUUACCACCAUCCCACUCACGCAAUGAUACUAAUCGUGCAAGAUCUCGAGAAAGUAAUUUUCGUCGCUUAGAACGCGAUCGUGUAGAGCGAGUCGAUGAUCAAUCGAUGGGACGCAAAUCUCGUCCUAGGGAGCGAUCACGCAGUCGCGAAUGGACCAGAGACAACAAUCGGGAACGUUCCGGUUCCGGUGGUCACGUUAACAAUGGGACGGAUACCGUGCGAGGACGCAUAGGUUCGCGGGUUAUCGUACUUCCACCGAAACCGGAGUACAACGAAGACGUGAUCGAAGUGCCAGUGGCCAGUGUUAUAAAAGUACAGCCACGGCCCAUUGUGCCGAAGGCAAAACAGCCCAGCAAGAACCUAUUGCUAAAAGCAAUGGCCGAAGCACAACGAUCGACGGUGGCGAAUCUUAAGAAAACGAUAGACAACACCAGGGAUGGCAGUGGUUUGCACCGGACAGAUAUGAAGCGUAAGCUUGUGAUUGAAAUUUCCGGCGUUGCUAAUAGUAAUCUGGCGGUAGACGCCCAAUACGAACGCGUACCCAUUACCCAUUACACAGCGCACGAAGCAGAAGCUUUCAACGAACUUACAGAGGAAGUGGAUCACGACCAGCAGGAAGAGGAAGAGGAGGUACAUGAAGUAGAUAUAACAAACCAGGUACUGAUGGAGGAUUGCGAUGUAGAUGAGGAAUUUAAAGAAAUCCUCCAGAACGAAUACGAUGGGCCACAACCAUCCGCAACACAGAAUUAUCAAAUGGAGGUGACCGAAGAAGAUGCACCCAGCACGGAACAGGAAGCUGCUACAAACGAGAGCAAGGAUACAAAAUUUGUGGUUACUUUAGAUGGAGCUUUCAAGUCGUCGGUGGACAGAGAAGUGUCGCCAAGUCACACGCCACCACCACCGCCCGUUGCAGUACCAUCGGAACAGACUAAGGGAAGAAUGUCCGUGAAGGAUCGUAUUGGGUUCAAAGUAAGUUCCCGAGAAUCGGCAACAAUAUCUCCCAAUCCAAAGGAUUCCAAAGAGAUGGAAGAGACGCUCAAGAAACGUAAGGAACGGUUUAGUGAAAAGCUUGUAACAGCACCGGCAACAGUUAAACCAGCUAGUAAGAGCUCUCCAACUGCAACAUCAAAUUCGACUUCACGUGCAGCAGCACCGUCCUACGGUAAUAACUCUUCCUCGUCGAGAGCGAACCGAUCGCCGAAAUCAAACUCUCGUUCUACCCAAAGUCACUCAUCGUCGCGUCGCCGAACGUCAUCGGUUAGUCCGGAACGUGCCCCGAGGCCAAAAAAUACCUCCUCAACCGAAAGUCGUUCAAAGCGUACUGAAACUACGCGCAAUGUUUCCAGCUCACCGAAUCAAUUGAAUGAGCUGUUACUGCAACGCACGAAGGAGCUGAUGGACGAUAGUGUAUCCUCGUCACCGAUCUACAUGUCCAAGUCCGAUUAUGACAAGAUGGAACCAUCGUCCCGAAAACGGAAACGAGUUUCACCGAUUCAGUUCGAUCUAACUGAUGAGGACGAACGGCACGACAGUGAUGAUGACUAUCACCAUCAUCAUCACCGCGACCGAAGAGCACGAAGCAGAGAGGAACAUCGACAACAGCAUCGCAGUCCAUCGCGUGACAGUGAUGAACGGUCCUCGACGAGAAAGGAGUCGCGCCGCGAAUGGGAGCGAGAAGGUGAAGGGAGGGAAAGUCGCGACACCAGGUUAAAGUCACCCGGAAGGAAAAUUAAGAAGCUUGAAUCAAGCCGAAAAUUCGAUGAUAUUCCACCAUUGCUCAGUGCUGUUUCUUUGUCGGGCGUGGAAGGAAAGAGCAACAAAUUGGUUAGUGGUGGUGCAUUGAAAGAACGGUGCAAAUAUUUCCCCAUCUGCCGCCAGGGAGAUGCGUGCGAGUUUCUCCACCCAACCACACCUUGCAAAGCGUUUCCUAGCUGCAAAUUUGGCGACAAGUGCCUCUAUCUCCAUCCAAUGUGUAAAUACGAUCAAACAUGUCACUGGUUGGACUGUAACUUCAUGCACACAAAAAGUGCAUCCACCGGCACCUCGAGUGGCCUGUCGGCGCCACCAUUAGCAUCAUCCGUCGUUCCGGUACAAAACUAUAAGUCGAUUAUUGCGAAACCGCUUCCGCCUGUGUGCAAAUUCUAUCCAAACUGCGUCAACAACCAGUGUCAGUAUCUGCAUCCGAAGAUGUGCCGCUUUGGCAAGCAUUGCGUUAAUAAGAUUGAGUGUAACUUCUACCAUUACGAUAUACCGACGAAGGAUCUGCACGAUGCAUCAUCAAAGGACAAAUUUCGAUGGAUCUCCCCGUUCUCUGCUUGA